UCUGAGGUCAUCGCGCACUAUAGUCUUGGUGGGCCGUAACACACGGGCAUGGACUCGAAUCGGCCGCUCGAAACUCUGCAGAAGAACCAGCGCUUUGCCGGCGGCCAGAUUCCGCCGAACCCUAGGAGCUCCGGCCACCGGCGGGCCUACUCGGAGAGCUUCCGCCUCACCGAAGAGUUCCUGUUUGAUUCCGACCCCGACUUCAACUUCUCCGAUAUCGACUUUCCCUCUCUUUCAGAUGAAAACAAAUUCGGCAGCACCACCACCGCCGCUGCCAUUCCCAUUCCCACCGAUUCCGGCGGCACAUCAAAGCCGUUAGCGGUGAAUCCGGUAUCAAGACCUUCCGUAGGUGGAGCUCACUUGAGGAGUCUAUCGUUGGACACAGCUUUCUUCGAUGGGUUGGGAUUCCAGGCUCCCGGAGCCACCAGUGGCUCUGCACAGGAGAAGAAGCCGCAGCAUCGGCACAGCAGCUCUAUGGACGGGUCGACGUCUCCGUUCGAAGGGGAGUCGGUGCCGCCUUCUUCGGAUUUUUCGAAGGCAGCGAUGACGGCGGAUAAGCUCGCGGAGCUGGCUCUGAUCGAUCCGAAGAGAGCCAAAAG